AACAACGAACUCCGAACCUCUAAAAGUCUAGGCUGCAAAAGCAACCCCUCAAUCACCAUCCUCUGAUCCCAAUCCGUCUUCUCCGCUCUCGGCUCCGCCUCAAAAUGCUUACCAACAUGCGCGCACCUCGCCUUCCACGAAUCAAACACACUGACGCAAAACCCACAGCCCCAAGCCGUUUUCGUAGGAAGCACGUCGGCAACCGCAGUCGCGCCGUGCGUGCAUUUCGUGCCGCAUGCACCUGCAUGCACUUUCUCAUGGUGGCGCUCGAACUGCCUCUUUUGCCAGUAGGUCAUGGAACAGUCUGCCUCGGGGCAGAUCCAUUGCCGCUGGGGUUCGUGGUAGUCUCGUUCGUGGCGUUUCCAGGACGAUAUAGAUUCGAAGGUACCGUCGCAGGGGAACGUGCAGUGGUAUAUUUUGGUGAGGGUUGGGUUGGUUGGGAGAGGGUUUUGCUGGCUGGCGGGUGCUGUAGGAUUAGUUAGAUAUACGCCAAAAUACUAUGUUUGGCUUGAAUUACCUUGGCCGGCGUGCUUGAUAUAGGCAUCAACGAUAUCAAGGAGGUAAGCUGUGAGAUCGUUCGCAUGGUGUUCCAGAUGCAAAGGGAUUUUGCAAGCAAAUUGAAAGUCGAUGAUUUGGUUGG